UUUUGCUUCAUAACCUCACUAACUUUUCUCUGAAUUUAUCGUUAUUUAAAUGUAUUAUAACUUUUGCCAAGAUGAGUGAUUCAACCAAAAGUGCAUGUCCAAUUUGCAAUAAAGAAUUUCCUUUAGGGAAAAUAGAAGAACACGUGAACAGGUGCAUAUUUCUUAAUUGUUCCGAUGAUGAAACAACGAAGAGGAAACGUUCCCCCUCACCGGUGUUUAAUAAAAUGCAGAAAAAACCGUCCACAAGUGGGAAGUCUCCUUUGAAAACAAGCACAAGUACUUUCAUCGAAGGAUCUAAGAAAAAUAACAAGUCGAAUAUUAACAUCGAAUCUAGUAGUUCAAGUCGAAAGGACUCCAAUAACUCGAAUACAAAUACAAAUUUUGCAAUUCCUUUAGCCAAACAAGUUGCCCCGAAGUCUUUAGACGACUUCUACGGGCAGCACAAGAUAUUAGGCAAGGACACGAUUCUGCGAUCGCUGCUGGAAAAGGGCGAAAUAACAAACAUGGUUUUGUGGGGCCCUCCGGGUUGCGGGAAAACAUCAUUGGCCGGCGUCGUUAGCGAAAUAUGCAAGUCGAAUCCCAAGAAAUUGCGUUACGUGGCGCUGUGCGCGGCCAGCUGCGGUGUAAAAGACAUCCAAAGUACCAUAAGCAUAGCUAAAAACGAGAUAAAAUUCGGAAGAAAAACGAUCCUGUUCCUCGAUGAAAUACACGCUUUCAACAAAAAACAACAGGAUACUUUGCUGCUGAGCGUCGAAAAGGGUGAAAUAACGCUAAUCGGUGCUACGACUGAGAAUCCUUCUUUUUCCAUUAAUUCCGCUUUAUUGAGUAGGUGUAAAGUAAUAGUACUUGAUAAAUUAGACAUGGACACUAUGUACUGUAUUGUUACAAACGCUGCUCUCAAAUUUAAUGUAAAUAUAUUGGAUGGUCCUUUAUCAGAUACUUCGAUCGAUGAAUCUAACCAACAAAUAUCCAUAGAAAAUGCGGCAUUAAAAUGGCUAGCGGACAUAAGUGACGGUGAUGCUAGAAUCGCUUUAAACAAUCUACAGCUAAUUCUUCAAGACAAUGAUAACGGUGGAGUGGUUACAGUAGAAGAUGUCAAAGAGCAUUUGAAGAAAUCGCACAUGUUGUAUGAUCGUAAAGGCGAGGAGCACUACAAUCUAGUAUCCGCCAUGCACAAGUCUAUAAGAGGUUCCGAUGAUAAUGCUGCGUUAUAUUGGACUACGAGGAUGAUUGUGAGCGGGGAAGAUCCUAGGUUUAUAGCGAGAAGGCUCGUCAGAGCUGCCAGCGAAGAUAUAGGAAACGCCGAUCCUGGUGCUCUUCAAUUAGCUGUAACUACAAUGGAAGGUUGCCAACUAUUGGGCAUGCCCGAAGCGGAUGUACUUCUUGCUCAAUGUGCUAUUUACUUGGCUCGUGCUCCAAAGUGCAGAGAAGCCGAUACGGCUUUAAGUAGAGCAAAGUCCUUGAUUAACAACCAUAAAGGGCCACAACCCAGCGUACCCAUGCAUAUUAGAAAUGCCCCUACUAAACUGAUGAAAGAAUUAGGUUACGGUAAACUCGAUCCAGAUGGACAGGGAUAUUUCAUGCCUCCGGAAUUAAGUAAUAUUCACUGUGACUGUAUCGUAGUCACAGUAGAAGCUUCGAGACAUUUAAAAUCAAAUUAAUUUUCAAAAACGUCGACGCCCAAAGGCAAAUGUACAAAAAUGUUUUAAUAUUUGUACAAGAUAUUUAAUACCUCCUUUAAUUAUUUAUACAAAUAAAAAAAUUCGCUAAGUAAAAAUUCAAUAAUUGCUAAUAAUUUAAUCUUAAAAAAUACAGGGUGAACUAUGCUGUCGUCUCAAAUUAAGUUUAGACAGUAUUGGUUUGAAUAAAUUCCAAACAUUUUGUUUAUUGGGAAUGGUUUAAAGAUUUCUUUGGCGGUGCUUACAAAUUUUAAAGUCGGAAAUAUAAUUAACAUAACAUAAUGAAAAUAGUUCUUAAUACUACAAUUUCGUUUUAUAAAAAAAUCAAACAAUUUACAGAUACAUUAAAAAAUAAUAAUUUAAAACCCUAAGCCCCACCAAAGUGAAUAUAAUUAAAUCUCAAACUCACGUUUUUACUACAAACAAACACACUAAAUCUUAACUAAAUUAGAACCGGUAAUCCGGACCAGCCAUAUCGAUAGCCCAUCGAAAUUUAUCUCGUUGAGUUUUAUUGUAAAUUUUCUCAAUGGGUACGUUGUAUUUCUUACACCAAGCUACACUAAUUCUAGGAUCCAAGUAAUUCAACUUUGACGUACCCAAAGCUAUUGUCUUGUUUUCGUCACGAUCCGUUUCUUGUAUUUCCAAUUUCACCAACUGUUCUUUAAGACGUUGAAGGGUCUUUUUCUUCUUAUCAGCCGUUACUUUUUCUUUCACGCUUCCGUGUUUAGCUUCUC